UGGGCAGCCGCACCCCCUCUUUCUAUCAUGCUUUCAAGGCGUCUAGUCUAUGCGCUGUUCUGCGCACAUGUCGCAUCGGCCGUGCGGCUCGGCUUCUUUGGGAAGAGAGACACCUCUGCUCUUCCUCAACGAUUGACCAUCCCCCUAGCGUUCGAUUCGCAAGGCCGAUAUGUCGCGGCCGUUACAAUGGGUAGUAGCAAUCAACAGCACUUUAACUUCGCGAUGACUACUCAAAACGGCCUAACGUAUGUUGCCGGUACACAAUGUUCAACUUGUAAUGGGGUUGCCCUGUACAACCAGAGUCAGUCACCGUCCGCACAGGCCCUCUCGACAGACACUACUGUUCCGCUGCUCGGACAAACCGCUAAUAGUACAAUUAUCAAGGAAGACUGCAUGUUGAGGACCGUCAAUGGCACCCAGUGGGAUUAUCCAAAUCAGACUAUCAUCGUCGUUACCCAGCCCGCGCAAGGCCAAUUAGCGCAAGCAUCCAGCGCACAGGUCGGAGACGAGUUGUCGGGACUCAUUGGUCUUGGUACGAAUAAAAACGUCACGUCGACGGGCAACUCGACCAUCUACCAGGCGCAGUUUGAGGAUUCCAUCUUCGGCCAGUUCUUGCAGGGGAACCCGUCCAUGGUCAAUUUCACCUUCGGUAUGCGGCUCGGCAAGCCUUUAAACAUCCCUCGCGGCAACGGCUCUGCGAAUAGCGCUGUUAGCACAGCAGGAGACCCGGGUACGCUGGACUGGCUUCAGCCAGACGAGAGCGCAUACGACCAGUCGAAGCUUCAGGUGCUGUCCGCCGGCACGCCUCAGGCCCCCGCGCCGUUCGCGAACGCGUCUGGUGACUGGUACGUGAGCUUGGACGGCUGGGUUCUCGCAUCUGGGAACGAUCAGGUGUCAAACUCUAAGAGUGUUGUUGCCACGGUGGAUCCACUUUACACCGAAAUGUACCUGCCCCAGGACCAGGCACAGCUGAUUCAUGACGCUAUUCCUGGCUCGAACCUCAGACCAGACCUGUCCUCUCUCGGGAGCCUCUCGGAGGCGUGGACGGUUCCAUGCAAUUCUACCUUCAGCUAUGGCAUUGUCGUUGGCAAUCAAGUCUUCACCGUCGACGAGAGUACGCUUGUUCUGCAGCAGCCGGACGGGACCUGCGUGAGCGGCAUCGAGGCGUGGACCGAUAGCACGCAGUCGCAGUACGUUUUUGGCGCCCGGUUCCUCAGCACGCUCUACCUUAUUUUCAAUGUCCCGCGCCAGGGCGGCAACACACUCGGCUUCGCGCCCCUCACGGCCAACAAGAAGUCAAACCACGUUGGGGCGAUCGUUGGCGGUGUGAUCGGCGGCGUGGCGUUCCUGGCACUCGCUGGCUUUGCGAUCUUCUUCUUUGUCUACCGGCACCGCGGCCGGGCGCACCGCAUCACCGCCGCGCGGUAUGACUCAGGGCAGGAGAUCGAGAAACCCCAGGAUGGGAGCGUCAACCCGUUCCCGCUCAGCGCGACGACGCCGACGACAGUACAGUUCGUGCACGCACCAGAGUCGUCUGUCGGCUGGGACGGUAUGUCGCAGGUGCCGAGUCCGAACAACGCGACCUAUGGUAACACAGGCACCGGCGAAGACAUCCUUGCGCUCGACAUUGCGCCGCCGAGCUACGAGACGUCUGAGGCGGACCGUCGGACGAGUAACGCGGCCAGUCGUACGAGCUUGUUGCAGACGAUACCGUCUGCUGAGAAGGCACAAUUCGCCGCUGCACACGCGGAUGGCCCGUCAGGGCUACGCUCGGCCGGCUAUGCGUCAAGUCCACUAUCUCCGGCGUCGCCUAACGAGGCUGCCGCGAGCGGAUCUGGGACAGGUUCAGAUACGAUGUACGAGUAGAUGGUGUCAGGGUGUGGUGAAUUGAGUUUUUUUAUUCUAUUUUCGCCUUUCUCUCAUAACGUCUUAUCUUAUCAGUCGACGAUUUUAUGCAGAACAUGUUUGGUUCACACCCUUAAUGACCUAUCUAUUACCUUCUCUUCGCUCCUGCAUCAAACAAUGUAAAAUACUUCAGGUCCAAAUUAGUUGCAGUACGACGCAGGACGGCAACGCACCAGCCCAGGGCGACAA